UUUUCAAAUCGGUCCAUAGUGAAAUGAAUAUCCACUGGCUUACGUUCUUGGUGGUGGCAUUAGCUGCUUUCGAUUUACCCAAAGUUUUAGCAUGGGCUUCUUCAGCAACGUCCCUUUGUACGGCAUGUCCUGAAGAAUUCAAGGGCAAAUUGGUAUGCGCCUUCCUCAACGGCUGCCACUUGGAAUUAGAGUAUUGCGCCUUGUUGGUUUUCAACUGUGGCCGUCAAUUGCAUCAUAAACACAUGAUCCUGGUGAAGAACGAGGGGAGGUGCGAAGCAGUUCGGGGAUACAAAUGCGAGUUUAUGGAUUUCUAA